GAUGUCAGCUUCUUACUAUUAUGGGGAACAAGUCAUUACUGAAAGUUUAAAUAUUGGCAAAAUUAUUUACACCGAGUUAAAAUGGUACGAAUAUGAUGUUAGAACUCAAAAAUGUCUACUGAGGAUCAUCCAGAGGUCUCAGACUCAUUUGUCUUUGUGUAUUGGACCUUUUACUGACCUAUGUUUGGCCUCAUUUUUAACUUGGUUCAAGCAGUACCUAGUCGUGUGCAUAAUGGAAGUUGACAGUUUUUUAGAAAACAAUUACCUAAAUUUGGAUGAACCAAUGUACAAUUUGUGGGUGUCAGCAUUACAUCAAGGAAUACUGAAAAAGAAAAACACUAUACACAUCGGGAAGAUUGACAUAGUAUCCGGAAAUGGGACCAACUAUUUGCGAGAAGUGACUAGUCUAACUUGUAAGACCAAAAGACGAUAUUCUUUAAUGAAGAACUUGAAAAAAGUCUUUAAGAAAAUGUUUAAUUAAUUUUUGUAAGGUGUGUAUUUAUUUGUAUAUAGUGUAAAUUGUUGAA